CUUUACAAUUGACAUCGCAUCGCAAUGAUCUCAGAAGUUUUUUUAAUGAUUUCAUGGUCAUCCUGACAAACCUUUCAUCUGUAGUGACGACGUCUUAUUUUCCAAACAAAGAAAUAAACACCGAUUGAGCACAUUCGGUAAUAUAUUAAGUGAACACGAGUACAUGUGAACCACCCCUUUCAAUAUAAUUUCGUUUUGUCCGUAUAGUGGUCUAAGUGUGUGAAACAAAAUGUCAACCCCUGCCAGAAGACGUCUGAUGAGAGACUUUAAACGUUUACAAGAAGAUCCCCCUACUGGUGUCUCUGGAGCUCCUACAGAUAACAAUAUCAUGAUCUGGAAUGCUGUGAUAUUUGGUCCUCACGAUACUCCAUUUGAGGAUGGUACAUUUAAAUUAACCAUUGAAUUUACAGAAGAAUACCCAAAUAAGCCACCAACAGUUCGAUUUGUAUCUAAGAUGUUCCACCCAAAUGUAUAUGCUGAUGGUGGAAUUUGUUUAGACAUAUUACAAAAUAGAUGGAGUCCUACAUAUGACGUUUCAGCAAUUUUAACUUCAAUACAGUCUUUGUUAAGUGAUCCCAAUCCAAAUUCACCAGCAAAUUCAAUGGCUGCACAACUUUAUAAGGAGAAUCGACGGGAAUAUGAAAAGCGGGUCAAAGCAUGUGUAGAACAGUCCUUUAUUGAUUAGCAUGGGAUAAAAUUACAAACACCAUAUUGUUUGAAAAAUCUCUGCUGGUAUUGGCUGACACCUCCAUUCAUUGGGACUUGUGUGUAAAUUUUGAAUUGUAACUAUUUAAUCAAAACCUGUUGUACUAUCGCUUCAGAUAGUUAAGAUAUUCAUAUAAUUUAAUGUGAAUAAAAAGGUAUUGUAAACAUUUUUCACAGAUAGAACAUUACUUUAAAACUUAUUAAUAUAUUUUAAUUUCUGAUUGAUCAUAUAGAAAAGUGAGUGUUGCAUACUAUUAACAAUAGAACAGUAGUGAGUUUAAAAACAUUAUGUAUAAUGUAAUUUUGUAUUUCUAAGUUCAUGUGAUUGUUUUAUAUUUUUAAGUUUGGGUAAAAGGUAGCAGCAGCAAAAUGUUACCAAAUUUUCAUUGUUUGUUUUACAUGUCAAACAAAACUUAUUAUUAUACUUUAAUUUCUGCAGUCA